AUGACGACAAAGGGCAUCAAGAUGGGUGUCAGUCUACUGAGUUCACUUCCUGGCUGGACUCCUUCUGGUAGAGGACUCAGCAGUAUACGUGAAGAGUUGGUUCAAGGUGAUUUUCUGUACGCUCAAACAUCACUUGUCGUUGCUGUGGACAGUGCCGCCGUACAGUCAGCAGGCAGACUUGUUUCUGGGUACACACUCAUGAAGGAUUUGCUGUACCGUGGUGAUUCUCCUGCAUUCCUCAGAUCGUUGAAGGGAGUGCCCUCUACACUCGUUCCAGAGCUCGCCCAGCACAGGGAUGACGACAAAGGGCAUCAAGGGGGUAUGAAGCGCAAGAAUGGUACCUCCGGUAAUUUUUCAUUGAAUCCAACCCGAAAAAAGGGACCGGACGAGUGUUUCAUAGGCAAAAAUGAUGGUUUCCACUCCUGCCUUACAACCUCCACUACUGCAGAUAAAGUGUUCAUCCACAACUCUCAUCAGCGGCUUGGUGUAGCAGGAGGCCGUAUGUCUCUCAGCCAGAGUAGCGCUGAAGUCUCCCUCCUCAACAUUAAUCAGACAGUAUCUGCAAUUACUGCCGGAAAACUGACCAAGGACAGGCACAGUGAUAUCUUAGUUGUGGGAACACCAACUAAUGUUUUAGCUUAUGAUGUUCAAAAUAAUUCAGAUGUGUUUUAUAAAGAUGUAUCUGACGGAGCAAAUGCCAUCACUAUUGGUCAGUUAGGCCAUCAUUCAUUUCCUCUAGCUCUCAUUGGAGGAAACUGUUCCAUACAUGGUUUUGAUAGUGAGGGGAAUGACCCAUUUUGGACAGUGACUGGCGACAAUGUUUCAUCCCUGACUCUUGCUGAUUUCGAUGGAGACGGAGAGAAUGAGCUUUUGGUAGGUUCUGAGGAUUUUGAAAUAAGGGUUUUCAAGCAAGAAGAAAUUUUAUAUGAGAUGUCGGAAACAGAAGCAGUGACUGCAUUGUGCCCCAUGCAAGGUUCUCGUUUUGGCUAUGCUCUUGCUAAUGGUACUGUCGGUGUUUAUGAGAAGCUUGCAAGGUGGUGGAGAAUUAAGUCUAAGAACCAGGCGAUUGCAAUCUACAGUUAUGAUCUUGAUGGUGAUGGUGUUCCUGAAUUGAUCACUGGCUGGAGCAAUGGCAAGAUGGAUGCUAGGAAUGAUCGUAGUGGAGAAGUUGUUUUUAAGGACAACUUUCCGUCAACUAUAGCUGGUAUAGUGGAAGGAGACUAUCGCAUGGAUGGCAAAAAUCAACUCAUUUGUUGCUCAGUUGAUGGUGAAAUUCGGGGUUACCAGUCGUCCUCACCUGAGAGCCGGUAUUCCAUGAUGGAUUCAAAUAUUGAACAGGAAACAAUUCGAGAAUUGAGUCAGAGACGCCACAACCUUCUGCUAGAGUUAAAAAAUUAUGAGGAAAAUCAGCGCAUGGGAUCAUCUGGAGAGAUUCUUUCAGGAAAGCCUUCUACUGCGGGGGACCAAGUCGGAGUCAUUCCAGCCAAUACUCAACUGCAGACUGGCCUUGCUAUUAAUAUGGGAAGUGAAGAUAAAAAUAUACCACCUCACGUGGAAAUUGCAUUAGCCACUACAAAUGAUACAAUAAUUCGUGCUGUCAUCAUAUUUGCUGAAGGCAUCUUUGAAGGAGAAAGCCACGUGUUUCAUCCCCGGGAAUCAGCGCUCAGCAGCAACAUAAGGGUACCUUUGUACCCUCCAAAGGAUGUUCCAGUUGACCUGCACAUCAAAGCCAUGGUGGGAUACAAGGCAUCAUUACAUUAUCACGUGUUUGAAUUGACUCGUCAACUUCCACGCUUUUCAAUGUAUGCUCUCUGCACCACGCCAGUCACCGAACCUCAGGGAUAUGUCAAGUUCAAACUGACAGAGAGAGUUGCAAGGAUUGUUAUGUGGAUAAAUUCAAGUUUUCUGCUCUUGGAUGAUCUACAAGCAGAUGAUGAAGGUGUACUUGACGUUUCCUUCGUGUCAUUGCGUUCGAAUAUGCCUCUCAUUGUUCAAGCCACUCCACAGUGUGAGAUCACUGUACGCACUGACAAUAUGGACUUGGCUGGGGAUAUUAUGCAAGCUCUCAGUAAUUAUCUGAACCUGGAAGACCUGCAGGUAGAGGCAGAUUUCCCAUCUGAGCUGGAGCAGCUUGGCUCAGUGUUGGAGCGUGUGGAAGAGUACCAUGCUACACGUCAGCGUCUUUCAGCAGAGAUGGCAGAUCACUCAGGAGUUAUCCGUACCUUAGUGGUUAGAGCAGAGGAUGCAAGGCUUAUGUCUGACAUGCAAAGUAUGCGUCAUUGGUAUGGUGAACUAUACAACCUCAACAAGGACCUGAUAAGUGGAUACAAGAUCCGUUGCAAUAAUCACCAAGAGCUACUCAACUGUCUGAAGCAGGUCAACCAGACAAUACAGAAAGCUGGAAGACUCAGGACCGGCAAAUCCAAGACUGCAGUUAUAAGUGCCUGUCGACAAGCAAUUAAGAACAACAACGUAAAUUCUCUGACCAAAAUAAUUCGAACGGGAAGUGCCUAAGAGAGGUUAGCAAUGUUAUAAUGAAAUAAACUGUAUGUUGUAGUAAUAUUUGUCAUGAUAGAGAAGAAGGGUUUUCUUCUUAGUGAAAAGAUGUGUUUAAUGUAUUGUAGCAAGUUUCUCCCACUUGAUUCAUUCAAAGUAAAAAUGAAUAUCAAGAAUCUGCAGUUAAACAUUUUGUAUGUCGUGUAGUUCACCUUUGAAAAAAAGAUAAUCUUAAAUGUAGCAAAGAUGAUAAGCAAAAUCAGAUUCUGUUACUUUUAGCCAGUGAUGACAUUCAAGUUGUGUUUUACAGUGAAAUUAUUUUAGGAUUAUACUUGACAAACACUUUCUUUUAGUGCUGUUGAAAUGCUUAUAGCUGAAUGCUUAAUGUCAGCACAAUUUAUCAUGUCAAACUUUUUUUUGCUUUUGAUGUAUGUGAAAAUAAUAUAAAGUCCUUGUGUAUCAGUUAUACUAGAUGUUCAGAAUAUGAGUUGUUUUACCACCAUGAUUUUUUUUGUUCCCCAAUUAUGGCUGCUUUUAGAUUGCAUCAUAAAGCUACCAUUGUAUGAUGUUAAGAGUGUCAAUUAAGGAUAAAUGUAUUCUUCUUGAGGCUUAUUUAAUGUUUUACACAUUUAGGAUAGGUAAUGAUAAGUGGUUUAUUUUGAGGUUUAAUGUUCCAAAUUCACACAUUUAAUUAAAACUGAAGCAAAAAUGAAAUAUAGUGAACUGAUUGUUAAACCCACAGCUUUUUCACAUUUGAAUAUAACAUUGAAAUGUAGCUGACAUACUUUUUUUUUUAGUAACCAUCUGUGACAGUUAAGCUAGUCAUUGGUGUGUACAAAUUUUAAUCUAGUCAUACAGCUACAUAAGACUCUGUGGAUAUGUUGCUUUAGUAAAAGCAGUUGUUAAGAUAUUGAAUGUCCAUGGAAAAGUAAUACAUUACAUCAGUGAUGAUUAUGGUAUAGAUGGAUAAAAGGCCCUGAUGAGUAUAUGUUAACAUACAUAGUACUUAUGUGAUGCAUUUAAUAAAGUUUGAGAAUCAUUUAAAGCUAAUAGAUAUCCAAGCAAAUGAGUCUCCAGUAUUUGUGUGUGUGUGUGUGUGUGUUAGCAUAAUUUUAAACCAUAUAUGUACAACUUUCUUAUAAUACUGUGAAAGGUUUCCUGUUUUCUUUGUCAGAAACUUAUGUAAGCUAACUGAAAAGUUUUUUAUUCAUGACCGACAAAGAAUUUAUAAAUUACUAAUAUGAAGUAAGCUCAGUAGUCUUAUUUUCAGAAGAUGAUUAGGUUAAAUUAUUGUCACACUUUUUUCAAUCCGUCCAGCUGGAGUAAAAUUAAAGUUUGCAUGUUGUUGCUAAAGAUAAUAAAUUAUAGAUUGCUAAUUAUAUUUUGUACCAAGUAGUUACAACAGACCAUCCAUUUCUAGUAAUAGCGACAGUGGCGGAUCAAAAUGAGAUUGUUUUGCUACAAUCGUAACAAUGAUGGACAUUUCUGAAAAGACCGAACAUUAUCUGUUUUUUUUAAUUAGUUUCUUUGAGGAUUUUUUUCUGUUUUUUUUCAAAACCCGUUAUACUGAGGUCCCUUAAAUCAAGGGUUUACUGCAUUUAGUAUUUUUUUCCAUCGAACCAGCCAUAUCCCAUCGAAGCAGGGUUAACUAGAAAGAAAAACGAAAGUUUCUCUUUUUAACUUUAGUAAUGUAUACAGGAGAUGGGGUUACUAGCCCCUUGCUCCUGGCAUGUUAGUCAUCUCUUAUGACAUGCAUGGCUUACGGAGGAAGAAUUCUGUUCCACUUCCCCAUGGAGAUAAGAGGAAAUAAACAAGAACAAGAACUAGUAAGAAAAUAGAAGAAAACCCAGAGGGGUGUGUAUAUAUAUAUAUAUAUGUUUGUACAUGCAAGUGUAGUGUGACCUAAGUGUAAGCAGAAGUAGCAAGAUGUAACUGAAAUCUUGUAUGUUUAUGAGACAAUAAUGUAAAAUAAUUACAGGCUUCUGUUUUGCACUCACUUGGCAGGAUGGUAGUACCUCCCUGGGUGGUUGCUGUCUACCAACCUACUACCUAGGAUUUAGUAAUUAUAUUAUUAUUAUUUCCAUGGGGAAUUGGAGAAGAAUCCUUACUCAGUAAACCAUGUUGUAAGAGGCAACUAAAAUACAGGGGCUAGUAAUCCCUUCUAAAUAAAUUGCUAAGUGUAAUAAGAAAAACUUUGUUUAUUCUUUUUUGGGUCACCCUGCCUUGGUGGGAGACAUCUGUUGCAUUAACCCUUAAACUGUCCAAACGUAGAUCUACGUUUUUUCAACAUUUGCAAGUACAGUGGACCCCCGCAUAACGAUCACCUCCGAAUGCGACCAAUUAUGUAAGUGUAUUUAUGUAAUUGCGUUUGUACGUGUAUGUUUGGGGGUCUGAAAUGGACUAAUCUACUUCACAAUAUUCCUUAUGGGAACAAAUUCGGUUAGUACUGGCACCUGAACAUACUUCUGGAGUGAAAAAAUAUCGUUAACCGGGGGUCCACUGUAUGUAAAAAAUGUAGACCUUUUUUUUUUUUUUACAUUUGAAAAUGUGUAAAAAAUCUUUGAUCUACAUUUUUUUUGUUAUAUUUGAAAAUACAUGUAUGUAAAAAAAAACAUAGAUCUACUUUUGGAGCACUACGCAUGUGAAUGUAGAUCUGUUUGGACAGUUUAAGGGUUAAAUUAUUAUUAUUAUUAUUAUUAUUAUUAUUAUUAUUAUUAUUAUUAUUAUUAUGUAGUUAAUUACAUGUCAAACUACUAUUAAAACUUGUUAGUUAAUAAUAAUGUUGGGUUGCAGCAGGUAAUAUGUAUAAACCACGGUACAGGCAGAGAUUGAAUUGGGAGAUUCAUCUGUAAAAGCUUGCAUUUGUGGUCACAAUGGUGCCUAUGCUAACCUUCCUAUGGUGUAUAAAUAUACCUAGCUGAAUGAAUCUUAUUGUAGCCAACUGGCCCAAUGGCUAGCGCGUCGGUCUGGAGUUUUACAACUCAUCAGCUGUGAGUUCAAUCCCUACCUGUCCCAUGGUUUGUUUGCAAUUGUGUCAUUACGAUUUCAUGAGUCAUAAUGAUCAGAAAUAAUGAUCAGAAAUAACCCACAUGGAGACAUACUUAAAAGAUUAAUUAAUCUGUAUAUUUGACCCUUUGCUGGGGUUCACUUCAGCUGAAGAGGAUCCCAGAAGGGGGUUGAAAUAUACAGAUCAAUUAAUGUUCUGAGUAUCUGUCUCCAUGUGGGUUAUUAUUGAGCAGUGACAUAUGUUCAUUACACUUUUUUUAGUUAUUCAUACCUUGUAAUAUUUUACUGACUUAUGAAUAUUAUAAUAGUUUGCAGUUUAAUUUAAUUUGUCAUUGUUUGGUGAAUUAAAAUGGAAACACUUGCCACUUGAAGUUACAGUAUUGUGUAUGGGACAAUUUUGACAACACAUGAAACAGAGUACAGUAUACUGUACAAUAAUUAUAACAAAAAUUAAAGUAAUAGAGAAGUACAGUAUACCUUAUUUGGUAUAAUACCUGAGUAGGAAUCUCCAUAUCAGAAUUUGUGAAUAAAAAUUGGACAUCCCUCAGCUGUUUAGACUCAAAAAAAAAAAAAACUCUAAAUUACAGAGUCUUAUAAUUUAAAUAAAAAAUUUAUGCUGUGUUUUGGAAAAUUUUAAAUCUCGUAUAUUUCUCCUAAUGCAAAAUUUAGAAACGCAUUCUUUCUUAUUGGUAAAAUUAUGAAUUGGAGAGAUUGUUUUAAUUGGUAUUCAAACUUAUAAUUAAAUUUUAUAUAUUAGGAAAAUUAAAAAUUUAUAUUUUGAAUUUCUUAUAGGUAGUAGGUUGGUAGACAGCAACCACCCAGGGAGGCACUACUGUCCUGCCAAAUGAGUGAGAAACGAAAGCCUGUAAUUGUUUUACAUGAUGGUAGAAUUGCUGGUGUCUUUUUUCUGUCUCAUAAGCAUGCACGAUUUCAGGUACAUCUUGCUACUUCUACUUACACUUAGGUCACACUUCACAUGCAUGUUCAAGCAUAUAUAUGUACACCUCUCUGGGUUUUCUUCUAUUUUCUUACUAGUUCUUGUUCUUGUUUAUUUCCUCUUAUCUCCAUGGGGAAGAGGAACAGAAUUCUUCUAACCGUAGGCCAUGCAUGUCGUAAGAGGUGACUAAAAUGCCGGGAGCAAGGGGCUAGUAAUCCUUUCACCUGUAUACACUACUAAAGUUAAAUAGGACUUUUGUUUUCUUUUUGGGAUACCCUAUCUUGGUGAGAUACAGCCGGUGCAUUGAAAGAAAGAAAGAUUUGGAAUUUCUGAGCAUUUCAUAUAAUAUUUCUGAAUAAGAUACAUGUUUGUUUUAUUUUCAUGUUAUUAAUUAGGUUAAUAUUUAUACAGGUAUUUAUUUAAUAAUUUUUGUUCAGGGUUUUAUUGUAUAAUUUUUUAUAUGAAUUUUACUUUUUAUAAAUAAUAAAAUACAGUAUGUAUCUCAAAUGUCUUAUAACUUAACCUUUA